AUGGCAUCUAAGGAUAUAGAAACUCACCGAGCUGGUGCUGAAGUAUACCAUGGCGCAACGCUUUGCAAGCAAAAAGCGCAAGAGCUCCUCGAGAAGUUCCGACUACCCAAAACGUUGAUGCCUUGUAACAAUUUAGUUGAGUUCGGGUUUAACCAGAUCACGGGUUUUACGUGGCUGAAACAACAAAAGACCACCAAGUAUAGGUUGAAGGACAUUGGAAUAAGCUCGUUCGCAUCCGAGAUGACGGGCUUCCUUGAGGAUGGUCGGAUGCGGAAGUUUACGGGCAUCAAAAGCAAAGAGAUGAUGAUUUGGGUUCCUCUUUCUGAUAUUGCAAUUGAUCGAUCUGAUCUUAACAAAAUCAUCUUUACCGCUUUAAUGGGAUUGUCAAAGAGUUAUCCUUUAACUGCAUUCGAAAUCGAACCAGAAGAAAUUAAAUAA